AAUUUAUAGGGUCCAAAGCAAUAUAAUUUCUGAACUGAACAUUCUAAUACGCUCCCAGCCCACGCCAAAGCCAUAAACAAACACACUUGCAACAUAAAUGCAUAUGCCAGGGAUAGGAGCUGAAACGGCAGGCGCUACCAAGUAACAUGGACACCACAUCACCGCGGGACACAAGUCAGAAGAACGCGAACCCAAUCGAAGCACUGAGCAAAGAUGAAAUCAUCAGCAAAUACAAAGGCCUGCUCAACAUUGCCAAGAAGGCAAAGCAUGCAAAAGAUGAACUCACUGAGGAGAAUCGUCAGCUCAAGGAGGCGCUCAAGCGGGCCGCCGAGAAGCAGAACACCCUGCCCGCCAUGCAGGAGAUGCUCCAGGACUUUACAGACAAGAAUUUAAUCCUCACGGAGCAGGUCAACAGCUUAAAUCUGAAGACCAGAGACGAUGCCGAGCGCUUGUCGCAGCUGGAGAUUGAGAAUGAGAGUCUGAGGCGACAGCUGGGACGGCUGAGCGAUGAAAACGAUGACCUUCUGGGCGAUGUUGACCGCAUGGAGAAGGCCAUGCAGCAGGUGAAUGCCUUGGGCAACGAGCAGCGCAAGACUCUGGAGCUUCUGGAGGUGGACAUAGACAAUGUCAAGGAGGUUGAGGCGCAAAACGACAUCCUCCGUCAGGAGUUGCUGGCAGCGGACAAGGAAUCAAAGUUGCGCGCCAGCGAACUCCAGGAACUGCAGGAAAAGUAUCAGCACGUGAAGGAUCUCAACUCGGAGCAGCGUAAAAAGUUCAAUUGCCUGAAGGAUCGCUUCAUCGAUGUCCACCGCAAGCUGAAGAAGCUCAAGGAGUGCCGCUGUGUCCUGCUGGAGACGCAGCACGAGUACGCCGCAUCCGUGUCCAAGUGGCAGGAGGAGAUCGUCAGUGCUUCGCAGCUGAUGUGUGACAAGAUGACCUCCCUGCACGACGAGAACGAAAAGCUGAAGAAAGAAUCAGAGUUGGCCAGCAACGGUGCGCGCAAUAGCGAUUUCGGCAUCGAUCGGAAGCGCUUGCUGCUCAGGAUCAACGAUCUGGAGCGCCUGACCAAGAUUGUGAAGCAGCAGAAAAACGGCCCGGAUGUUGAGAGCCUGCUAAGGAAACUCAACGCCGCCGAACAGUUGGCGGCCAUGGCCAGAGAGCAGCACAGGGCUGAGAUGGACGGAUUGUCUAUUCUCUUGCGGGAGCAGCAGCAGACGGACAGGGCAGCCUCCAACCUGAAUAUCAGCGUGUUCGAAACCAAACUGGAUCAUAUGCAAAGCCUUGCCAAACGUCUCGAGGAGGAGCGCGAUGCGCAGCAAAUAAAACUGCAGGACCUGGAGGCCAUUUGCAUAGAGCUGCGACAGCACAACGAGGAUCUGCUCACGCGCUACCAUCUGAAGGAGCAGGAGCACACCGAGUUGCUGGCCGAGAUGCGAGAGCUGAAUGAGGCACUCAAAGGUCGUGGGGAUGUCAUCUCGCGGCUGCAAGAGCAGCACGAUGUGGAGGCUAAGAAGUACCGAGAACUGGAGGCGAAUCUCUCCGAAUGUCAGCAAUCGUUGCGCGAAAAGUCACAGACGAUCGAGCAACUUCAGACGAAAGUCGAGGAGCUGGAGCAGGCGAAUGCGGAUGCCCAAAGUGAUGUCCUGUCCACAUCGACAAUAUCACGAGCCGAGGAAUUGAGUCGCCUGCGAGAACUGGACGAGGGCUACGAGGAGAAGUACCACAAGCUGCGUGCCUUGGCUGCCAAGCUGAAGAAGAAACUGCAGGAGCAGGCGCAACAACUCAAGGAGAUGGAUCAGGGUGCGGCCAUGAAGGAGGAACUGGAGGCCAUCAAGCUGGCCCAGGCGCAGCUGCAACAGGAUUUGAAUGCCGCCCGAGCGGAGAACCAAAGACUAAAGUCCAAGGAGAAGACGAAGAACACGAGUGUCCUCAAUCUGGAGAUCGAGGCGACCGAGAAGUCCCUGGCGGAGGUCAGUGCCAAGCUGACGGCCAAGUCAACCGAACUGGAGACUGUCAGGGAGGCCCUGCUGAGCAAGGAGAGUACCAUCGUUCAGCUGCGCAAGGAGAUCGCCAUACUCGAGCAGGCCAAGAACGGAGAAGCAUCACAUUCCCAGCAACUGAAGGAGCAGAUCGACCGCAUGCAAGUCCAGGUAAAAGACGCCGUUCACGGCAAGCAGCAGGCCCUCACCCAGAACAAGGAGUUGGAGCACAGUGUGGAGCAGUCCAAGCUGGAUGCUGAACAGCUGCGCCUGCAGCUGGCGGAAAGCGCCCAGCAGUAUGAGUCGAAGCUGAGUAAAGCGACUCAACUACUGGAAAGCCGCACGGGGCAGCUGGAGGCGCAUCUGGAGCAGCACAAGCAACUGGAGACCAAUCUCAAGAAUGCAGAACGUGCCCAGGAGGAUCUUCGGGUGGAGUACACCGAAUACAAGCUCAAGGCGCAGGCCGUGCUGCGCAAGAACCAAAACAAGGGCACCAACAAGGAGCAAGAGCUGGAGGAUGAGCUGAACGCGCUGAGGGAGAGCGAAAAGAGUCUGCGCGCCAGCAAUGAGGGCAGGGCGGCGCGACUAGCCCAGCUGGAGAGCCAACUGGAGGCACUGCAGCAGGACAAUGCGGAUCUGCAGAAACGUAGCAGGGAACUGCUGACACUGGUGGACGAUCUGCGUCAGCAAAACGACAUCCUAACACUAGAUAACCAACGCCAGCUGCAAUUCCAGCACGAUCUUAUGCAGCAGCAUCGCCAACAAAUCGAGCAAAUGGAUGUCGGCCACCAAGCGCAACUGACACAGAUGCAACAGCAGCUGGAGGAUGCCCAGCUAAGCCACAAGAAGGUGUCCUCAAAUAACAACACUGCUGCGGCGGCUGCAGAGCCCAGCUUGGAGCAGGCGAAGAUCGAUUAUCUACUAAUGGAUCACGAGACUGCCAUCGAUGGGGCGUCGGGCGAGGCUUCUCUCGCCCAACUGGCUGCCCAGCGUAAAAUCUCCACUGCCUCGAGACGCUCCCACGACUUCAUGCCACUGGACGAGCUGCUCAACACUUCUAUGAACCAAAUCACCAGCGACACUGUUACGACAAUUUCCCACUUUGGUCGCAGCGUCUCCAUGCAGGAGGAUGAGGAGGCGGAACUGGCGGCCAGCGGCGACUUCUCGGUACAAGUCGCCCAGCUCCAAGCCAGCAAGGAGCGGCUGGGCAUACAGGAGAGUCGUAUCAAGCAUUUGACUUCCCUGCUGGCCGAAAACGAGCAGGAUCUGGCCAAGCUAACGCAAAUGAACGACAUGCUGAAGGAGGAGCUGCGCCGGCAAGAGCGAUCCGAGGAGCGGGAGCAGCAUAUGCAUAAUUCGGAGUACUUAAAGAAUGUCUUCUUAAAGUUCCUUACCCUGAAUAAUGCGGAUGAGCGUCAGCGUUUGGUGCCCGUGCUUAAUACCAUUCUCCGCCUGAGCCGCAACGAGAUGGAGAUGCUUAACUGCGUGGCCAAGGGACAAAAGGUGUCCAAUGAUGGUAACAAUCGUAGCUGGACUGGCUUCCUUACAGCGUGGAGCGGCGGCGGCGGUGGGGGCCAGAAUGGGAACAGUUCUUAAAUCUAUUUGUUAAUGGUAUUAUUGUCUGUU